UCUCUCCCUCUAUCUAUCUACUUUGGUUUUGAUCCUUUUCCUACUUCUUUGCUUAAACAUGAAAAUCCAUUUGCUAGCUAACCUUUGCCUUUUAGCCGUUUGUUUCGGGGUCACUGAUCAUGCUUCAUGGCCUCACUUCCUCCUCUUCUUCUCUCUCUGCUUUCUCCUUACUUAUCUCAUCAGUUCUUGGCUGAUACCUGGUGGGUCUGCAUGGCGUGUGGCCCAUGAAAAUUUUACAGCAAUUCGCGGUCCAAUCGGGUGGCCCCUGCUGGGCAGCAUCCCUAUAAUGGGCCCGCUUGCACACCGUAAAUUGGCUGCACUCUCGGCAGCGCUUGAUGCGAAGCGCCUCAUGGCACUUACUCUGGGCUCCACACGUGUGAUCAUCAGCAGCCACCCUGACACUGCUAAAGAGAUCCUAUGCGGGCACUCCUUCUCUGACCGUCCGAUAAAGGAGACUGCCCGGCUGCUGAUGUUUGAUCGUGCGAUUGGGUUCGCUCCUUCCGGGGAGUACUGGAGGAGCCUUCGAAGGAUUGCCGCUGCCAACAUGUUCUCUCCCAGAAGAAUUGCUAACCUGGAGGGUCUGCGACAGCGUGCGGUACAUGAGAUUCUGGCAAGUGUUUGGAAGGAAAUGGAGGUGAGAGGAGUAGUGCAGUUGAGAGAGAUGUUGCAAAUGGCUUCUUUGACAAGUGUUAUUGGGAGUGUAUUUGGGAGCUCUUUUUGUUUGCAAGGAGAGGAGUUGGGAUUGAUGGUUAAAGAAGGCUAUGAUCUUAUUGGGAAAUUCAACUGGGGGGACUAUCUCCCACUUGGGUUUUUGGAUUUUCAUGGGGUGAGGAAAAGGUGUCACGAUUUGACGGUUAGGAUCGAGAGUUUGGUGGGCCGGAUCAUAGAGGAGAGGAGAAUAGAGGGAGGAUGCAAGAGAGAUGAUUUCUUGAGUGUCCUGCUCACGUUGCCUGAGGAUGAGCGGUUAAGCGAUUCCGAUAUGGUCGCAGUGCUGUGGGAAAUGGUAUUCCGAGGAACGGACACCGUUGCCAUCCUCAUGGAGUGGAUCAUGGCCAGGAUGGUCCUACACCCAGACAUCCAAGCCAAAGCCCAACAAGAGCUCGACACGUUUGUCGGCAGUUCCAGGCACGUGCAGGACUCGGACAUCCCCAACCUUCCGUACCUUCAAGCUAUUGUUAAGGAAGUCCUUCGGAUGCAUCCGCCGGGUCCACUCCUCUCGUGGGCCCGCCUCGCAAUACAUGAUGUCCACGUGGGCAAGUACUUUGUGCCAGCUGGUACAACUGCUAUGGUGAACAUGUGGGCCAUUACUCACGACGGGUCCAUUUGGAAGGACCCGUCGGCCUUCAGACCUGAGCGGUUUCUGGAAGAGGAGGUGAGUGUGAUGGGGUCAGAUCUACGGCUAGCCCCGUUCGGGUCCGGACGAAGGGUAUGCCCCGGCAAGGCACUGGGUCUGACGACGGUGCACAUGUGGCUGGCGAGGCUGCUUCACCAAUUCACCUGGCUUCCCUUCAAGACGAUUGAUCUAUCGGAAUGCCUUCGCCUCUCCCUUGAAAUGAAGAAGCCACUGCGUUGCUGCGCCGUUCCACGAAAUCCCAUCUCGUUUCAGGGAUGAUGAAUCACAACCCUUG